CUAAUUGGAAACAACUUUCAAGGAAAAAAAAAAGAAAUUAACCAACGGCUAUAUUCCCUUGAAAUUUCAAAAAUUGUCUCGGAAGUCUUAACGAAGAAGAAGAAGAAAAGAAAUAAACACCAAUGGCGGAAACGAAGGUCGAGAUCUCAGAUCCAGAAACAGAGUUCUUCGCUUCGAAGAAAGAGACCGGACACGAGUGGGAGCUUUUCAAGGAGAACGUCAGGCCUCUAAAGAGAGGACGCAACGUCCGUCUCCUCAACCACGCUCUCAAAUCUCACUCCGACCACCAGUUAAGGAAGACCCUCGUCGAGAAACGUAGGAAGUUGAUUGAGGAUAUAGAUGAGUACGAUGGUGAUGACCCCCUCUCUCCAUGGAUCAAGUGUGUUCAAUGGGUGCAGGAGGCGUUUCCUCCGGGAGGAGAAUGCUCGGGGCUGUUGGUGAUAUACGAGCAAUGCGUGAGAAAGUUCUGGCACUCGGAGCGGUACAAAGACGAUCUACGUUACCUCAAAAUCUGGCUGGAAUACGCGGAGCAUUGUGCUGAUGCUGAAGUGAUUUAUAAGUUCUUGGAGGUUAAUGACAUUGGAAAGACGCAUGCUUUGUACUACAUAGAUUACGCCUUGCACAUGGAGUUUAAGGGUAAAGUGAAGAGUGCUAACGAGAUUUUCAAUCUCGGAAUCUCUAGAAACGCCAAGCCUGUGGAGAAGUUGAAUGAUGGUUACAAGAAGUUCAUGGUGCGAACUAUGAGAAGGUCCAAAACAGUUGAUGAUGAGCCAAAGGAAAAUGACUUACCGUCAAGAAGCUUUGGGACUAUAUUGUCGAGGGGAGAUAAUAAUAAUAAUAAUACAGGAAGGCAGGCGUUAGGACAACAAGCCAAGAAAACAAAGCUGAAUCACUCAUCCAAGGCACCUUUGGCUGUCUACAAGGACAACACAACGGGGGAUCAGACAGAAAUGGACAAGUCAAAACCAGAGUUUGGUUCUUGGCUUAUGCUUGGAGGCAGAGCAGAGAGGAACAAAGAAAACAAUGCCUUACCUGGAAAAUGGGCAGCAUUCAAGGUUCCUCAGAAACCCAUUGUGAGAACUGCUGCUGCCUCUACUUCCUCCUUUGAGGUUUUUAUAGACGAAGAAGAAUGUACAGAUGAGGGAGUAGAGAAGAAGAAGAGUGAAACCAUCUCACCAUCAUCAUCAAACGUUUUGCCCCUUAAUGAUGGCCGUGAGAUAAAGAAAGAAACAGAGCUGCUGCGACAGAACCCUUUAAGACACUUCCCUCCCAACAGCUACCUACGAUGAUGACAUUCAUCAUCCUUACAACACAAUCAUAAAAAAGACACGAUCUUCUGGAUUUGAGAUUUGAGCUUUUGUCUAUAAAGCUCGUUUUGCUUAUUUGGGUUUGUGUUUUGUGAUGUUCUGAAAUUUUAUGUACCAUCAUAAUGAAUGAGCUUUUCAUGUUUCUUGAAACUUUUGUGUUCUUUAACCGAUUCCAGUUCGUUAGUCUAUAACCAUGUGUACUGGUUGGUAUCAUUAAUUCAUAAUGUUUUAUAUAUUA